AUGGGGUGUGGGGGGUCCAAGGCUCUAGCAGCAGUAGACAACCCUCCACUCCCCCCACCUACCAAGCCUGUAGCACCACCAUCAGUAACCGCAGCAGCACCAGCAGCAGUGGUACCUUCCGCAGCAGAGAAUCCCGCGAAACCUUCGCAAGCAACGACCGCAGCUCUCGCAGCAGCGCCUCCUGCGACGGAAGUCUCCAGCCUCGCGAAAGACAUCUCUUCCGCCGCAUCAGUCGCGCUCUCGAAGCAAGACCCGCCUGUCGUGCUGCAAGAGUCGCCGCCUGAAGCCGCCAGGGACACUGUCGUUGAUGCUCCUGGGGAGAAGGCGGAGGCACCGGCGGUAGUAGGCCAGUCCGCGGACGAAGACGGGUCUGCGGAGCUCAACCGGUCCGCGGAGGCUCAACAGGCGCAAGUUGAUGCGGCCGAUGAGGACACAGUGGACGCAGCAGAUGGCGGAAGCGGAAGGUUAGCAGGGGAAGGAGGGGGGAGCGAGGCGGAGCAGAGCGGGCGUGUAGCUGAGGCUGGUGAAGGGCAAGAGCGCGGCUUUAGCAGCCGGUGUAGUGAGGAUGACGGUGAUUCUCCGUCGUCGCAUCAGAGGCUUAGGGAAGGAGAGGAAGGAGAGGAAGGCGAAGAAGGCGUGGAAGGCAUCUCAGCAGAAGCAGCAGCUGAAGCGGAAACAGCUGGUGCUCAGGACACGUCUGCAUCUGCAGCGGCGGUUGCAGAUGUAGCAGAGGCUCGAGACAGCACGGACGGGCUACCAGCAGCAGGAGAAGCAGCACCACCAGACGCCGCAGAGGGGCCUGGGACAACCGCAGAUGGCAGCACGGGCGGUGAUGGUGAGAGCAGUAUUGCUGAUGCCAACACUCGGGGCACUAUGAGCUCAGCCAAAUCCAACCCCCACAACCCCCUCCCCUCCCCCCGCCAGCCCGGAACCCCCCUCCCCAGACCCCCCUCCCCACCCAUGUCCCCCCACGGGAUCCUCCGCGUGCCUGGCUCCCCCGCGCCCCUCUUUGGCGGAAUGGCGCUUCCCUUACCGUCCCCCCAGUCCUUUGGCUCGUCGAAUUCGAGUGGGGGGGGCGCAGGGGCAGGGGGGGGCGGCGGGGGGAGUAACAUAGGAAGCAGCGGGCUGGGGAGUGGUGGUGGAGGUCUGGGGGGGAGUUUCCGAAGGGCGGGUUCAGGUGGGGGUGGGGGUUCUGGUGGGGGUAGUGGCGAGCUGAGGGCGGCCACAGGGGGGUUCAGCAGGGAGAAUCUUCUGGGGGAGGGCGGAUUCGGGGGCGUGUACAAGGGUCAAGUGGACGCCUGGCCUAUAGACGGCGUGCCUAUAGUGAUGGGACAGAAAAUCGUGGUGGCGGUUAAGAGACUGAAUAAAGAUGGGCUGCAGGGCCACAAGGAGUGGCUGGCGGAGGUGAACUUUCUGGGAAACAUCCAGCACCCGCGGCUGGUGCGGCUGCUGGGGUACUGUGCGGAGGAGGAGCAUCGGCUGCUGGUGUACGAGUUUGUGCCCAACAAGUCCCUCGAAGACCACCUCUUCAAAACACACGGGGCUAAGGGCGGGCCGGGGCUGGCCUGGCUGGACCGCAUCAAGGUUGCUCUGGAUGCCGCCAAGGGGCUGGCGUACCUGCACGACGAGACAGAGAACCAGGUGAUCUUUCGGGACUUCAAGGCCGCCAACAUUCUCCUGGACAACGACCUGCAUGCCAAGCUGUCUGACUUUGGGCUCGCCAGGGCGGGGCCUGAGGGUGACCGCACCCACGUCAGCACACAGGUGGUGGGCACGGUGGGCUAUGCUGCUCCAGAGUACGUUCUCACAGGCCACCUGACAGCGCGCAGUGACGUGUGGAGCUACGGGGUGGUGCUGGUGGAGCUGCUGACGGGCAGGAGGGCGCUGGAUGAAAGUCGCCCCAGAGAGGAGGUGUUUCUUGUCGACUGGGCCAAGCCGUACCUUUCAGAGACCCGCCGGCUCUUCCGCAUCAUGGACCCGGGGUUCGAGGGCAAGUACUCAGCCAAGGCAUCGCAGAAAGUGGCUGCCUUGGCGCUCUGGUGCUUAGCUAAGAACCAGAAGCAGCGCCCCACCAUGACCCAAGUUGUGGAGUCGCUCACUCCACUGCUCGACCUCACAGACAAUGCCGGGCUGUCAGCGUCACCAGCCCCGAUCACCCCUCUCCGCGUGCCACCCGCCUCCCCCAUGAGUUUCCUAAACCCUGGGCAAGGAGGGGGUCCAGGAACAUCAGGAGGGGGGGGACUGGGAGGUGGGGGAUUAGGCACACCCGGUGCACUGGGUGCACUCGCCAUGCGUCGCGCUGCUGGCCCUCCCUCCCCUGCCGGGGUGGGACCAUUCACCCCUGCGCAAUUCAACUCCCUGAAUCCGCCUCCUAACGCCCGGUUCAGCCCGCGGCCGCCGCAGCUGCCUGUGGGUAAGCAGCAGUACACCUCCCCAUUGGUGGCUGCAUUGAGAGUGAAGGAGCGGCAGCACCAGCAGGUUCAGCAGCAGCAGCAGCAACAGCAACAGCAGCAGCAGAUGCAGGCAUCAAACAGCGGAGAGGUGCCAGGGGGUGUGGGAGUGGGGGAGGGAGUGGACGAUGGAGGGGGUGUGGGGACGGUGACCCAGCCUCGAUUUGGGGCAGGAACCAACCACGAGAGAAUGGAGGGGGUGAAGUGA